AUGCAGCAAAUGAGAGAAAAGAAUAAGCUUUUGCUUUUUUUCUUCCUUUUUUCAGCUUCAAAAGCGCAAACGACCGCUUGUGUUCAAACUUAUUACCAAGAAGAGACUUGCUGCACUCCAUCGACAAACACAUGUGGAAUAAACCCGAGAAUUAACGGUGGCACAGAAACAUUCGCGAGAGAAUGGCCUUGGAUUGCACAUAUCACUUUUGUCGACCGACCAAAUAUUUACUGUAGAGGAGCAUUUGUGUCGCAGAACAAGAUCAUUACUGCUUAUCAUUGUGUCAAUGAUUACAUAAAAAGGAAACAUUUUUUAAUUGUCGGAGCCGGCAUUGAUUACACUCACGGUGCCAAUUCUGCGUAUGAAAAACUAGUUCAAGGGUAUCGAGUCGAUUCCAUCAUUAUUCCAGAUGGCGCUGUUGCCACGUCCUGGCGCGAUCAUGAUAUAGCGAUUUUGGCAGUGACGGAAGUCAAUUUCCGAGAAAACAGCUUUGAAGUAACCCCAAUUUGCCUUCCACAAGAAGAAAAUCCAGAAUCAGGAAGAAACUGCUUCCUACUCAGAUAUGGACAUGUUCAUACAGGUGGAUUAAUAAUUAAUACUGAAAUGCUUAGGGAAGCAAGAGUUUCAAUCGUCAGUGAUGAAACUUGUCAAGCCCAUUAUUAUGGAGGAGCUAAUUACUUGAACGAGCCUGUUCAAAUUUGCGCGAGAUUCGAAGACGGUGGGAUGGACGUUUUUCAAGAGGAUUCUGGCGGGCCUUUGAUGUGUCAGAGGGCAAACAGCUGCGAGUGGUAUCUAGCAGGGGUUUACUCAUGGGGAGACGGCACUUUUGGAGUUUACGCCGAAGUAGGAGCUUUUGCCGACUGGAUUCAUGAGAAUACCGGUAUUUCAAAAGCACCAGCGGCAGAAAACUCACCAGCACCAAAAACACCACCAGCACCACCAGCACCAGAAGAAGAACCGGCACCAGAAGCACCACCAGCGCCACCAGCACCACCUGCAGAGCCAGCCCCGGAAGUACCACCAGCACCAGAAAAUCCGCCCGCCUCGGAGAAUUCGUUGCCAUCAGGAUCUCGAUUUGAGAGACUGCGAGAUCGAAUCCGACGAAUACUCAAGAAAUUAAUUCUUUUUUCUUUCAUCCAUCAAAGAUUCACUAAACAACACCGACAAACACUUCCUCGCCAGCGACCUUUUCAAGUUCAACCUCAAUAA